UGUUUGUGCAUUGCAUCAAGUUGCGUAUGUGUUACAACACGCAUAAUCAUUCGUGUCAUGGCUGAUAACGUAAAACAUGACCUGUGGAUAUAUUUGCUGACUUUGGAAUGCCUGGUUUCUGCAGUGACAGCAGCGAGUGAAAACAUUGCCCUGUCGAAGCCAGUUUCAUCAAGUCACAACGACUAUGGCGGUGUACCUGAACGAGGCAACGACGGCAACGACAAUCCAGUAUACAGUGGCAACUCAUGCGUGUAUGGAGAGCGCACUCGAACAGACCCUCUUCCGUGGUGGCAAAUUAACCUCCAAUCACAAUAUUGUGUAGAGGUUAUCGCAGUUACUAAUCGAGCGGAUGCUUUUCAAUGGAGACUUCAUAAUUUCACAAUCAGUGUUUACACUGAGGACCCAAGUACCACCCCAACAGCCGUGGCCAAGGUGUGCGCUGUGUACCCCGGGACAGUCGGGUCGGGGGUCCGGGAGGUCCUGCCCUGUGGGUCGCGAGUCAGAGGGCAGUACCUCAGGCUGCACAAGAAUGAGCUGCUCCAUAAAGAUGCUCUGCAGUUCUGUGAACUCGAGAUCUAUGCAACUGAGUCGUCGCUUGAUUUCGACACAAGUCUGAGCACCGUAUCUUUCUUUUCAAAGAACCCCUCUCUCCGUCUUGAAGGGACGCCGCUCAGAGAACAUGUUGAAACACCGACGCAAUGCGGCAGUCUGUGUCACCAGAUUCCCCGCUGCUUUGGAUUCAACUUCCAAGCAGGAAAAGAUAGUUCCAUGGGACAUUGUCAACUUAUGUCAAAUCUAGGCUCGGAUCCAGUUGACGAUCCCACCUGGGCCUGGUACGACAAGAGAUGCUGAAUGUCAGCCUUUUUUCUUUUCAGCGUGUCCUGAUCUUUGCUAAAGACACAAACAACAGUUUUCGCCAGGAUGUUGGUUUUUACAGUACUGUCUGUUCUGAAAUAAUAUACGAGGUGGUAUUGAUAAGCUGAUACAGGAAGCAAAAGUGACCAGGUUUCCCAGUCGUGACCAACUCGUGUUAUUCCGGGACAAGCUGAAUAGCGACUCGUGCCUCUCUGGAAGGAGUUCAUAUUGGCGCAUGAACAUCAGAACUACUUUUAUCAAGAACGAUAACUCCAUUCUUGUUUGAUUCAAAUGGCUCUUAAUAUCAUCGAAGCUCUCGUACAUUGUAUUGCUGUUCUGGCUUUUAUUUAUUUAUUUUA